CACCAUUCAAAAUUUUACUGCUUACCUUCUUAUUACCACAAAUACGAAUGAGCCUGGAAUUUUUAGUUAGACUUGUUUAGAGGAAAUACCGUGCUUAGUUGUCUUCUACUUACUACAAAUGAGGGAGAAAUUUGCUUUCAUCACAAGGUUUACUUCAACACAUGUGUCAGAUCAUUUUUCAUCGUUUCCGGUUUACCAUUGUAAUUAUUUCUAUAUAAUAGUCGUCCUAAUUGUCUUUUUCGUUCCAUAUGUGCCUUGUGAGCAGGUUGUUACGCCUGAAGUGUCGAUUUAUGAUGAAACACCAGAUGCACACACUGGCAGAGUUGUUUAUCUUGAGAAUAAAACUGUUUUAAUAAAUGGUUUAGUAGGAGAAAAAGUUAUCAUACAAUGUAACGUUUUUAAUAUGCCUCGUGGAGCUAGGAUAUUUUGGCGGAGAGACAGUUUAUCGGGGGAUGAAGUUUCGGAAGUAAUAAAUGAUGGUCUCAUGUCCCGUGAUAUGUCUAGGUGGGAAAUUGGCCAAGGAAAGCAGCAAGAUUCUGUUCGCUGAUAUAUGUUUCGAUUAUUAAAUGAUGUUACUUUUAGGUCUUUCAACAGUGUCAUCCAAUUCCUAAUACAUGACUACAACUCGAGUUUAGAAAUCAUGUCUUUGGACAAAUCAUAUGAAGGUAAAUAUACGUGUGAAUGUCAAUACACUGGGUCUGUGGAACCAGCAAGAGUUCAUAGAAUUCUACGUGUGUUUGCAAAACCAAACAUCGUUCGACAUAUGUCAUCUUACGAUACAGACGCAGAUUCUGGUGACCCAGUUUCAUUGCACUGUAAUGCAGAUGGUAUCCCACCACCAUUUAUCUAUUGGAGACGUACAGCUGGAGCAAGUAGUAUAAUACGCAAUUUCGGUACUGUGAAAAGUGGAAAUGUAAUCAAAUUUGAUCAGGUUGAAGCUGACGAUGCUGGUGAGUAUAUGUGCUAUGCUGAGAAUUCUAUGGGUCGUGCACUGUGGCGCGUUCGAUUGCAAGUUAGGCAUGCACCAAUUGUUCGAAUAUUCCCUGUUGAACCAUUUCAAAAAUCUGGUUGUAAUCUACGACUAAUAUGUUUAAUUGAUGCUAAUCCUCCAGUAGAACAACAUGCUUGUCAAUGGAUAUCAAAUCGAACAGGCACUAUUACUUCAGGAUCUGUUGGAACAAGAUUAACCUAUUUAAAUGCUGGAUUAAUUCGUGAUCUCGUUCUGGAUUUGACACCAAUAAAAACACUAGAUUUUGGUGAUCUUUAUACAUGUACUGCAUCGAAUAGUUUAGGUACCGUCAGUGCUACCACAAUGAUUACAGAAUCCUUCACUGAAGUACCACUUAUCAAUGGUAGAUAUGCUUGUAAUCAUGCUGUAAAUUGGAUUCAUAUAAAUGCAUACUUAUUUAUAAGUAUUCAAUGUUUCAAUCUGUUAUUCAUAAAUGGAUUAUUUUAAAAGAAAAAGAAGAGAAUGUCAAUUUGUAUUUCUUUUUUCACUUCUCAUAACCCUACUACUUACUACUUCUAACACUACUACUACUACUACUACUACUACUACUACUACUACUACUACUACUACUACUACUACUACUACUACUACUACUACUACUACUACUACUACUACUAUAAUUUGAUUUUGUAUUUUAUAUGACAUUGAUUAUAACGUUGAUGAAUUGAAUAAUAAGUAGUAUCGUGAAGUUUAAGUAAAUUUUGUCAACUAUUCAAUUGACCAUGAUUUUUUUUGUAUGUUCGAAUAAUUGUACUAAGUUUUUUUUCUUUUCUACUGUUAUUCUUGUUGUCAAGGUUUAUACAAGAGUCCGUUUACUUCACCUUUUUUGUUGUUGUAAAUUUCACAAGAAAUAUUACAUAACUAUAUAUAGGAUUUUUCUAUUUGUGAUCAAUAUUUGUGUGUGUGUGUGUGUGUGUGUGCGUGUGUGAAAAUAUUUAGAUAAUUAAAAUAACCCAUAGUGUUAUUGAAUAAGAAAAAGAGAAGUUAGCGAAACUAAUUUUCUUUUCGACGAAAUCAUUUACUUAAGCUGUACGUUAUAUGGAAAAUGUAUGUCUAUAGAAGGAUAGAAAGGAUCGUAUCACAAAAAUGGAUUCAAGAAUAAAUAACAAAUGUGGUUAACGUACUAAUCAAAGGGUAAGGAAGAACAGAAUUAAUGGG